AUGAAGUCAAUGCCGAAGAUAACGCACGUGAUUUUUGAUUUGGAUGGUUUACUGAUUGAUACUGAAGUAGUAUUCUCGAAAGUGAAUCAGUGUUUAUUGUCAAAAUAUGAUAAGGAAUUCACUUCGCAUUUGAGAGGUUUGGUGACCGGAAUGCCGAAGAAAGCCGCCGUAGCAUACAUACUCGAGCAUGAAAAACUGUCCGGAAGAGUUGAUGUGGACGAGUAUUGUAAAAAAUAUGAUGAAAUGGCUGAAGAAAUGUUGCCGAAAUGUUCAAUAAUGGAUGGUGUACUGAAGUUUGUACGGCAUUUAAAAACUCACAAUAUACCAAUGGCAAUAUGCACUGGUUCGACUAGAAAAGAAUUUGAACUUAAAACUCAGUAUCACAAGGAGUUGCUUGAUUUAAUUUCUUUGAGGGUUUUGUCGGGCGAUGAUCCUGAUGUCAAACGAGGGAAACCUGCUCCAGAUCCUUUUCUGGUAACUAUGGAUAGAUUUGAGCAAAGACCUGAGAGAGCUGAAAAUGUCCUCGUUUUUGAAGAUUCGACUAAUGGAGUAUAUGCAGCAAUAGCAGCCGGCAUGCACGUUGUUAUGGUGCCAGAUUUAACUUACAUGAAGAUUCCAGAUGAACUUCGAAACAAAAUAACUUUAAUACUUAAAAGCUUGGAAGACUUAAAGCCGGAAAAUGUGGGGUUGCCGGCGUACAAUUGA